AUGUACAAUACACGCUACAUAAGCACCGCCAGAUCGGAUUACAAGACACUCAACUUGAAGCCCGAAACCACUCGUCCGUACCAAUCCGGCGAUCCAUCCGUCACAAGCGCUCCAGAAGUUCCAGGCACAAUGAAGAUCAUCGUCGGACCAGAGUCAAAUCAACGAACCUGGCAAAAACCCAAGGCACUUCUAAUACGACAUUCAAGCAUGUUCGACAAGAUAAUCGCCGCUAACAGAACGAUUUCCGAAAUCCAUCUUCCAACCAUCACACCCAACGCCUUUGCCGAUUUCGUUUGGUAUAUGAACUCGAGCAUAUACAGUCCGAACACAGUUGUUACCGGUUACCGUAGCCUACGAGCACAUGCUGAAGCCUGCCUCCUCGGGGCUAAGCUCGAAGCGAGUGAAUACUGGGAAGCCGGUAUGCGGGAAUUGUACAACCUCGUCGAGCCACUUGCCCGGUCCACAAGAUCCGACGCGAAACAAUCUUUACUUCGAGCGAGUGAUAUUGCGUAUAUCUGCGCUAACACCACCGCCGGGAGCCUACGUCGUAUUGCGAUCAUUUGUCCUGUCGCAAGAAGACCGUCUGUUGGCUCCCCGCCUCCUCCAAGACAAGACCGCCACAGUCAGGCUUCCGCCGGGAUAGAACUACUCCAAAGACUCUUUUUCGACGCCCUAGCCUCUCAUUGGUCUCAGCGAGAUGUCCACUAUAUCGGCGCACAGGACUCACCCCGUGGCGGCGGUUUCAACAGAAACGACGUUCCGGGAGAUAGCACCACGUGGGGAGAGCUAUGUGAGACGUACCCUGACUUCAAAACCCAUAUGGACAAUACCGGAGACAUGCAAAGUCGUUACCGGGGCAGCAUACUGAGCGAUGUCAACACAUAUCUCGGCCUUCCAGUUAAGCCCGACCCCCAAGAUGAAGACGGAAGUGAGGGUAACAGCAGUCGCAGCAGUGCCACGGCGGUCCAGACAGAGGAUGUUGAUGACCUCGUGGAGGAAGAGACGCAACGGCCAAAACUUACGCUCAAACUGAGGGGUCUGAGGCGGAGGGGUAGUAGGGUGUUCGGAGAGGAGUUGUCGGGGAAUGUCUGGGAAGAGCACCAAGACCGUACUAGGCUUAGGGAGAGCGCGGAUGGAGAGGACACCAUCAACGACGCCGCUGAAGAAACUGCGAUCCAGGAGACUACGGAGGGCGUGGACGCGGCCGGAGAUGAAGCAUCCGGAACCGAGGAGGGUACGGAGGGCAUGGACGCGGCCAAUGACGAAGCAUCCCGAAUCUAG